AUGUAUUUUUGCUCCUGCUAGCGAUAGCGGGGUGCUGUUGUAAGUCGUUGGUCACACUUGGCCAUUUGAUAUGACGUCAGACCAACAUGGCGGCACACAUAGUGCGACGCUGUUAUUUAUUUAGUCGCCCGGCAGCGGCGGUGAACGUGAAUGCACUUCGGCGGAUAAAGCCGCACCGUGUUUUGGUAGCAGACGUUAACGCAUCGCAGCCGAGUGUUGGCUACGGGACCCGAGACUCGGACCUCGCACAGGAUUCCCAAGUGCACAUUCCUGUGGACCGGCUGACAGUAUCUUACAGCAGAAGCAGUGGUCCUGGUGGUCAGAAUGUCAAUAAAGUCAGCACAAAAGCCGAGGUCCGAUUCCAUGUGCACACAGCGGACUGGAUCCCGGAAGAUGUCCGACAGAAGAUCUUUGAAAAGAAUAAAAGCCGCAUCAAUAAGGCCGGACAGCUGCUGGUGACCUCGGAGCUGAGCAGGAGUCAACAUAGAAACCUUUCUGACUGUAUACAGAAGAUUUCUGCCAUCAUAGCUGAUGCCAGCAAGAAGCCACAUGAACCGUCAGCGGAAGACGUCGCUCUUAGGGCAGAGAGGUUAGACAAGAGGAACAAGGAGCGACUGAAACAGAAGAAGAUCCACUCGACAAUGAAGCAGAGCAGACGAGUGGAUUUUGAUUGACUGUUGUUCCUACCGCCCAUAAUUAAAUUGUCAAUAAUAACGCAUAAA